GCUUAUUGCCGUGACCCAAUCACACUAUGACAGUAACUGAUGAAUGUUUUCCAAUGUUUCCUUAAUUCGUAGUUUCAAGUUCAGUAGUUUAAAAAACGUUUUUAGAAUGGCUACAGAAACUUCAACGAAUUCCGCGAAAAGAAACCUAGAAGAUAUGCGGAAACCGUACAAUGAAAAGCACAAAACGUUCACUGAAAGUGACUUAAUGUCAAAGGAUCCAAUUGAGCAAUUCCAAUCCUGGUUUGAGGUUGCAUGCCAAACUCCUACCAUCCUUGAAGCUAAUGCAAUGUGCCUCUCAACAGCAUCAAAAACAGGCAAACCUUCUGCACGUUAUGUUUUACUUAAAGGAUAUGAUAAAGAAGGAUUCAAAUUCUUCACAAACUAUUCCAGCAGAAAAGGCAUUGAAUUGGAAGAAAACCCAUUUGCAGCUCUCACUUUCUACUGGGAACCUCUGCUGCGUUCUGUUCGGAUUGAGGGUUCUGUAAAAAAAGUUUCGACCGAAGUAUCUGAUCAAUAUUUUCACUCGCGACCACGCGGGAGUCAAAUUGGUGCAAUUCUUUCAGCUCAAAGCCAGCCGAUUCCGUCCCGCCAAACGUUACUUGAUGUGGAAGAAAAACUAUUACAAGAAUACAGUGACGAGAAAAUUCCUAUUCCAAGACCAGAAAAUUGGGGAGGUUACGUUGUUGUUCCAGAAGUCAUCGAAUUCUGGCAAGGACAGUCCACAAGAAUCCAUGAUCGUAUUCGAUUCCGGAGACCGUUGUCUAGUCUAGAGCCAGAUGGUAUCUUGACUCAUCAAGGGGAUCAAGGUUGGAUUUAUGAACGCCUUGCUCCCUGAAAAGUAGUCAGCAGAAACUGCCUGGCACUAGCCCCAUCCUAACCUAUGUUAAUAAAAUACAGUCAGUUUGGAGUUAAGCAGUUCAUUAAAGAUCAUAGCAUACCAUGGCGAACCAUCUUACAAUGUUUAGUCAAACUGUAGAAGAGCUGGCAUAUUUAUUUGUUCAAGUGUAUGUACAGUGAAUGAGAAUUCAAAUUUUGGGAUUAUAUAUUGAAGCAGUCACAACAAGUAAUCCAUUAAAGCUAGAAAACAACCCGA